AUGCAGCCGGCAGUCGUGCUUCCCGUCGUCGAAAUUACGUCACUGGAGCAUUUCGAAACCCUAGCCCGAGUCUACUUCGAAAAAGUACACAUAUGCUACGGGUUCUUCGAUAAGAGGGCAUUCCUUGAGCGGCUUCACCAGCGCUUUCAGCGACAGGCACUCUUGGCGUCUCAACAGCCCAAAGUGUUUGACGGCGUUCUGGCGGGCGUAGCCGCCCUCGGGUGCUUGUUUUCACAGCAAAUGGCCACCAUGACGGAACUACAGCUUCUCCACACAGCAUUUCACGCUUUGAACAUGCACAAGCUUGUAGGGCCUCCUUCAAUUGACCUCAUCAAUGGCUGGAUAUUGCGGACCAUUUACUUGCGGUUAACGGACUCGCCCUACACAGUCUGGAUAUCUAGCUGCACAAUGAUGCACCUGAUCGAGGCGUCGGGAUUGCUCGCAGAUAUCCCUGCUGUUCUACCGCCGAGAGAGCAAUGCGAUCCAGAACUGGAACAGCGGAUGGUAGGUGUAGCACAUCACCUAAACGUGUGGACGUCGUUCGAUUUGGGUUUAUCGCGAGUGGCAUAUCUGAAGACUGAGCUUUCGCUUCCCCCGUCCCCCAUGGGGGAUGACGUCACGACAGAGCUUCUGGGACUUCUACCCAUGUCAGUCAGCUUAGACCCGGUGCUGCCGACGAAUGAGACCGACCUAACUUCGACCUUGUCUAAACUCCUCAACCGGCAACACACGCUGGGGCCUUCCCUGAUGGCGCAGUGCAAUCUAGUCCUCUGCAUUCUCCGGCGGAUACAUACACAGAAUUUGGACAUUCCAACAGAGCUCGCCGAGCAGGUGUCGAACGUUCCCUUCCAGACAGUCUGCGUGAUUCUAGUCAUGGAUACGCGCUCUGCCCUCACUAUGCUACCAGAGGCUAUGCAGACGCUGUAUCUCAUCGCAUCUAUCUACGACACGGAACGUAUGCGCGAGGCGUGCAGUACAGCCCAUCUAUUGGUGCGGCUCCAUCAGCAGCGGCGGAAAGAUGACCUUGCUGUACUUGGCGAGGCCCUCAAAGCACAAAACCAGCACAUAUGGGCAGAAUCAUCAUCUGCUAGGGUGCCAGUGCAGGCACCGCUACAACUAUCGUCGUCGGAACAGGCGCGGCCUGACCCCAGCGCUGAUGAGUUUUCCUGGCUGGGGGCGUUGGUCGCAGAUCUUCCCGGUCUUCAGAGAGUCGACUUUGAAGAGUUCUUGAAUACGGACAUGAUCGAAAGCAUGUCCCUAAUAAAUGAAUCAUGGUCGACCCCAGGCCCAACUCGUAGUCAUUAA